AUGGAUAAGACGUGGAUUUGGCUUCCAAGGAAUAGCCACGAGUAUUCAGAAGGAGCAACUAAUUUCGUGAAUUCGUCAGCAAGAAGAUUGGGAAGUCUUCUUGAAAUGCUAUGCCCUUGUAGAGACUGCCGCAAUCUGAGCCAUCAGUCACUGGAUAAAAUUGUGGAGCAUUUGGUGAUUAGGGGUAUGGAUAAGAAGUAUAAGAGUUCUCGUUGGAGUAUUCAUGGUGAAAAAAGAGAUUCUGCAGAAGACAGUGUACUUCAAUGUGAAACAGAGGCAUUUGAUUUGUUUAAGACAGCAUUCUCCAUGGACGAAGGUGGUCCAAACCCGACAACUGACAACGAAGAUGAUGAAGCACCAGAGGAACUUGAGUUUACAAAAAAGCUAAGAGAUGCUCAAACGCCAUUAUACUCGGGUUGUCUCAAGCACACAAAGGUUUCAGCUAUCAUGGGACUUUACAGAUUCAAGGUUAAAAGUGGUGUGUCGGAGAACUACUUUGAUCAGCUGUUGGUUUUACUUGAGGAUUUGCUACCUGAAGACAAUGUUCUUCCCAAGAGUUUAGCUGCAAUCAAGAAAUUUCUGAAGAUCUUUGGGUUCGGCUACGACAAUAUCCAUGCUUGCAAGAAUGAUUGCAUACUGUAUAGGAAGGAGUACGAGAACCUACAAAGCUGUCCAAGAUGCAAAGUUUCAAGAUGGGAAAUGGAUAAGCACAGUAAUGAGAUAAAGGUGGGGAUUCCGGCAAAGGUCCUAAGAUAUUUUCCAAUCAAGGACAGGUUUAGGAGGAUGUUUAGAUCAAAGAGGAUGGCUGAAGAUCUGCGUUGGCACUAUACCAAUGCCACUGAAGACGGUACAAUGCGGCACCCCGUUGAUUCUAUCUCUUGGGCACAAGUGAAUGCUAAAUGGCCAGACUUUGCUGCUGAUCCACGGAAUCUUCGACUUGGGAUUUCCACAGAUGGGAUGAACCCUUUCUCCAUGCAAAGCACCAAUCACAGCACAUGGCCAGUGUUGUUAGUGAACUAUAACACGCCUCCAACCAUGUGUAUGAAGGCUGAGAAUAUAAUGUUGACUUUGUUGAUCCCUGGUCCUACUGCUCCUGGUAAUAACAUAGAUGUUUACCUAGCACCACUGAUAGACGAUCUAAAAGAUUUGUGGGCUGAGGGUAUUGAAGUGUAUGACUCAUUUGCGAAGGAGAAUUUUAAUCUCAGAGCCUUGCUGCUUUGGAGUAUCAGUGACUAUCCAGCCUUAGGAACACUGUCUGGAUGUAAAGUAAAGGGGAAACAAGCCUGCAAUGUAUGCGGAAAGGAUACACCUGCAAGGUGGCUUAAGUUUAGCCGCAAGUUUGUCUACAUGGGUAACAGAAGGAGACUACCGCCUGGCCAUCGUUACAGAUAUAAAAAAGCUUGGUUUGACAACACUGUGGAGGAAGUGAAUGCGAAUAGGAUACAAACAGGCGCUGAGAUAUAUGAAACACUACAAGCUUUUACGAAUGAUUUUGGUAGACCUCUAGAGAAGGAAAAAAAAAGGAAAAGACUAGAGUUGGAAGAUGAUGAGAGGGUAGUGGAAGAAGAGUGUGAUGAAUCAAAUGAACUAUGGCGGUGGAAGAAGAGAUCAAUAUUCUUUGAUCUACCUUACUGGAAGGAGUUACCUGUUCGUCACAAUAUUGAUGUUAUGCACGUAGAAAAGAAUGUGUCUGAUGCUAUAUUGUCUCUGUUGAUGCAAAGUGCGAAGUCAAAAGAUGGGUUGAAAGCAAGAAAAGACUUAGAAGAUAUUGGAAUCAGAAAGCACUUGCACACAGAGGUGAGGGGAAAGAAAACAUACUUACCUCCUGCUGCCUACUGGUUAUCGAAGAAAGAGAAGACCAUUUUUUGCCAAAGGUUAGCUAAGUUUAGAGGUCCUGAUGGUUAUUGUGGUAAUAUUGCGAAUUGUGUUUCAGUUAACCCUCCAAAUAUUGGUAGUUUAAAGUCGCAUGAUCAUCAUGUCCUAGUACAGAACUUGUUACCAGCUGCAUUAAGAGGGUUGUUACAUAGGGGUCCUAGGAUAGCCAUAAAUAGAUUAUGCAGUUACUUCAAUAGGUUGUGUCAGCGCAUCAUUGACCCAGAGAAACUUAUAUCCAUGGAAACAGAGUUUGUGGAAACAAUGUGUCAGCUGGAGCGCUUCUUCCCUCCAGCCCUUUUUGAUAUCAUGUUUCACCUACCAAUACAUCUAUCAAAAGAGGCACGCUUGGGAGGACCAGUUCACUUCCGCUGGAUGUAUCCCUUUGAAAGGUACAUGAAAACACUAAAGGCUUUUGUGAAGAAUUAUGCAAGGCCAGAAGCAUGUAUGGCUGAGGCGUAUUUGGCUGGAGAAUGCGUUGCAUUCUGUUUAGAGUUCCUUAAAGAUUCAGUACCAGUUCAAGAAGCAGUUAAUCGUAAUGAAGAUGUCGAGACUGACACAAUGGUGGUUGAAGGCCGACCUCUGCAGAAGGGUAUAGAGGUUACCCUUUCAGAUAAAGAUAGAGACAUUGCACAUCGCUAUGUGCUAAUGAACAUGGCAUCUUUGGAUCCAUUUCUUGAGAUGCAUUUGGAAGAGUUGCAAGCAAAGGAUGCUCGAUUGGCUAGAAAUGAAACUUUGUUAUGGAAAUACCAUACUGACCACUUUGCAGAAUGGCUUAAAAAUAAGAUUCAUUCAGACUCAACAGAUAGUCAUUCUAAGGAGAUAAGGUGGUUGGCAUUUGGGCCAAGAAAUGUUGCUUUAGCACAUAAAGGAUUCAUCAUCAAUGGCCAACGGUUUCAUACUGAUGCGGUCAAGCUGAAGACACAAAACAGUGGAGUAACUUAUGAAGCCUUUAGCAUGUGUAGAUCAAGUGCUCGAGAUAUGAGACAGGUCGCGGAUAUGAUUACAUACUAUGGAGUGAUAAAGGAGAUUUUGGUCAUCGACUAUCACAUGUUCAAAGUGCCACUCUUUAGAUGCAACUGGGCAAACACAGCGAAUGGUGUGAAGGAAGAAGAUGGCUUCACUCUUGUUAACCUUCAUAUGAACCAAGCAGCCUAUUUGAAAGAUCCAUUCAUUCUACCUUCUCAAGCAAAACAGGUUUUCUACUCUAGGGAGGAUGAUGCUUCAAAUUGGUAUGUUGUUAUGAGAGCACCACCUAGAGGUUAUCAUGAGUUGGAAACAGAAGAGGAUUUAGGUGGUGCUCCUUUACCUGUCCAAGAAGUUGAUGAUAUGGGUGAUGAAGCUUCAGAUGAUGAUAGUGUUUAUGUUAGGGAUGAUUGUGAAGGUUUAUUAGUGGUAGAUUAA